AUGAACCGUGAAAGGGGAGUUAAACCCUCAUCUUCACGGCAUAACAAUGUGGUUUCCCAAGCUUUCACUGUUCCUUCUAUCAAUUGGUAUUUGCUGUUCGCUAUUCCAAGCACCCGCUUUUGCGACAAAAAGUCUUACAUAGUCUACUUGGGGUCGCAUGCACACGGCCCAGAAGUUACGGAUGCUGAUCUUAAUCGAGUGACUGAUUCUCAUUAUAAUCUCCUCGGUUAUUCUUGGAAGGUAUGUAAGGAGAAGGCCAGAGAAGCCAUCUUUGACUCGUACCAAAGACAUAUCAACGGUUUUGCUGCCACCUAAGAGGAAGAGGCUGCUGAGAUUGCAAUGCAUCCUGAAGUUGUAUCAGUUUUCCCAAACAGACUAAGUAAAUUGCAAACGACUCAUUCAUGGGAACUCAUGUCCCUGGAAUGGAAUGGUGAGGUGGUUCCUGGUUCCUUGUGGACGGAGGUGAUUGGUGAAGACACCAUCAUUGCAAACAUAGACACCGGCGUUUGGCGAUCAAAAAGCUUUUGCGACGAAGGGAUUGGACCUGUUCCGUCCAGGUGGAAAGGUGAAUGUCAGCUUGACUCUGAGGCUGGGGUUGGUUGUAACAGAAAGCUCAUUGGAGCAAGGUACUUCAACAAAGGUUUUAUUUCAAAUGGUGGAGGGGUGAACUCUUCUCAAUUAAAUGCCCUUGACGAGGAUGGCCAUGGCACUCACACACUUUCAACAGCGGGUGGGAGCUUUGUUCCAGGAGCCACCGUCUUAGGUGGAUUACGGACUGCCAAAGGUGGCUCGCCUAAAGCGCGGGUAGCUGCUUAUAAGGUGUGCUGGGGACCAAAAAAUAAAUGCUUUGACUCUGAUGUCCUGGCUGCAUUUGACAUGGCCAUACAUGACGUUGAUGUGAUUUCAGUGUCACUCUCUUCUAAAGAUGUAGGUUGUGGGUACUUCGAUGAGUGAGCCAUCGGAGCAUUCCAUGCCGUUAAACAUGGUAUUACAGUUGUCGCCGCUGGAAAUACAGCAAGGCAUGGAGCUGGAUCGGUUAGGAAUUUCGCACCUUGGAUGAUAACCGUUGCAGCCAGCACCUUGGACCGAAAAUUUAAAGAUUAUGUUGAACUAGAAAACGGUCUUCACCUUGAGGGCAUAAGCCUUUCGAAGCCUCUCCCUGAACAUAGAUUCUAUCCACUUAUUACUGGUGCAGAGGGCAUGGUUGCCAACGGAAGUUCUGACUUAGGUUUGCUAUGCCUUGAAGAUCUUGAUCCUAAUAAGGUGAAGGGUAAAAUUGUAGCCUGCCUCGAGGGUGGGUAUGUCUUUCCGGUAAUGAAAGGAUUGCUAGUAGCAGAGGCUGCUGCUGGGAUGAUUAUGUGCAAUCAUGAGCGUUCUCCAAAUGAAACUUCAUUUGAAGAACUUCAUUUCCUUCCGGUAUCGCAUCUCAACUACGAGGAGGGUCGUUCACUCUAUGCCUACAUCAAUUCUUCGAAAAUCCAAUGGCAUAUUUUACACCCCCAACGACACAAACUGUAUACAAAGCCUGCUCCAUUAAUGGCAGUUACCUCCGCUCGAGGACCAAACCCUUUUACACCAGAGAUCCUUAAGCCUGAUAUCACAGCACCUGGAGUUGAUAUCAUAGCUGCCAACACCGAAGCAGUGUCCCCCACAGGUAUUCCCGAGGAUACCCGCAGGUCUGCUUUCCUUUUUAAAAGUGGUACUUCAAUGUCUUGUCCUCACGUUGCUGGAGUUGCUGGUCUUCUGAAGACACUUAAGCCCGACUGGAGUCCAGCUGCAAUAAGAUCUGCAAUCAUGACUACUGCGGAAACAAGAGAUAAUACUGGAAACACUUUGCGGGAUGAGCUCUCAUUGAACGAGUCAACGCCAUUUGGCUAUGGUUCUGGACAUAUCAAACCCAACCGAGCAAUGAAUCCUGGCUUGGUCUAUGACUUGACAGUCGAAGACUAUCUGGACUUUCUUUGUGCCAUUGGCUACAACCAAUCAAUGGUAGAACGUUUCUCUGAAGGUCCCUACACAUGUCCCGAAUCAGGCAAUCCUCUGGACUUAAACUACCCCUCGAUAGCGGUUCCUAAACUCUUAGGCUCAGUCACCAUAUCUAGGAAGCUGAAAAAUGUUGGCACACCAGGCAAUUAUGCUGCUCAUGUUUGUGAACCAUUCGGGGUUUCGGUUUCUGUGGAGCCUAGCUCAUUGCAGUUUGAGAACAUUGGAGAAGAGAAGAGCUUUAAGUUGACUCUUAAAGCUAAGGGGGAUGGUGCGGCUAAUGAGGACUAUGUUUUUGGAGCACUGACAUGGACGGACGGAAAGCAUUAUGUACGGAGUCCAAUAGCGGUUGCUGCAGCAGCUUCUACUUGAUAUUUAGGUUCAAUACAACUUUUUAUUUUUCUUUUAAGAUUCCAUAGGUAAAAUCCUUUUGAUUUAAAUUGAAUGCUCAGUACCAAGUACUAAAACAUUUUUUAUUUCAAAAUAAAUAGAAAUAAAUGUGGGGGUAUCUUUGUCCGUAAAAAAAAUGAGAGGACAUUUAAACUCCAAACAAGAUUGAAAUUGACCAAAA